AUGCAGCUUGCUUCCUCAGUUGCUACUCGGGCCGCGAGGCUGGCUCCUCGAAGCGUGAUCCCGUCGACCCCGAAACCUGCCCCAAAGAUUCCCGGACAUCUACCUGGCGCGUACAACCCAUCGACCGCUCUUUGGCAUCAUGACUCGGGGGAAACUUCAUCGAUCCAGACCGUGAGAGACGAGACGGAACUGGCGCAGCUGUUGGACGCCACCCGGCCCAGCUCUCUCGUAGUAGUCAAGUUCGGCAAAGCUCUCUGCAAAGCUUCCAAGGCGGUCGAGGAAAAGUUCAAGCAAACGGCUGCUGAGUUUUCCGAGUGCGAUAAAACGGACGUGCAAUUCGCCAGCGUCGAUUCGGGCAGCAAUUGGCUUCUGUGCAAGAAAAUGGGCGUCAGAUCGGUGCCCCACGUACAGAUUUUUUCCGGCUACAACGGCAAGAUUGCCGACUUCAGCCUUGCCCCUCCCGAAUACGAUACCCUCGACGCUCUGCUGGGCGAACGGCGCGACUCGAUGCUCGCUUGGAAACAAUAG